UUCGAUAGUUCACCUUCACACCGACUAAAAACGCGAGAGAAUUCACAUUCAUACAUCGUUUCAUCGUUCUUCUCCAUACGCAUCUUAUCUACAGCGCGAUGAGAAUCAGAUCAUUGGAAUCAAAAGAGACCCUGAAAAUUGAAUUACCAUCAACAUCUUCUCUUCAAAAUCUCAAAGUAUUAAUCGCAGAAAAAAUCUCAGUUUCAUCUGAAACCCUACAACUCUCUCUUAAUCGAAAAGACAGGAUUGAUGCUGCUCCUCAUGAUUCACUUCAAGCAAUAGGAAUCGCUUCUGGGGAUCUUAUUUUCUACAAUACAAAUCCUGAUGGAUUUGUUUUAGGUAAUACCCAAAUCCUUAUUUCCUCUCAAAUUCAGCAAGUAAAUAGUCCAAAUCAAACUAGGGAACAAGGGGAAAGUUCUAAUAAUAAUUUUGAUUUGAAUGCUAAUACAAUCCUAACCCUAGCUCCAGAAGAAGAAACCCCAAAUCCAAUUAAUUCUAGUGAAAUUAAGGAAACCCUAACUCUAGCUGAUGACGAAAACCCUAAUGUUGUAGUGGAGAAGGUUUCUUCAGUUCCAUGUUUUGUUAAAAAGGUUCUUACACAGGAGGCGGGUGUGUCUGAAUUAGGGGACUAUAAGCUUUUGAUUAUUGCUGUGCAUGCUGUGUUCUUGGAAUCUGGUUUUGUUGCUUUUGAUCCUAUUACAAAAACGAGGAUUAAUAAUUUUCAGCUUCCUGAAGGAUGGGCGUAGAAAUCUACCCUGUCUAUACAAUACACAGUUCCACUUCUUCUAGGGUCUGGUUGUAAUGAUGCAAUAGAAACUGUGGUGUUAAUGUUUCAAACUUUAGGGAAAUUUGUAAAUGUUCAUGGGUCUUUGAGUAGGAAUUGUAAAGAUUUGUACAGGUGUUGUUUGCAUAAAUCCCGUUAUAUUCCCUCUAUAAACUUUGCGUGUUGAACUGUGACUCCAACAAUGCCAUGAAUAUCGAGGCUGAGUCUUCUUCAAAUUCUUCUAAGACAUUGCACGAAGGGACAUCUGAGGAUUCUGAUAAAACAUUGGAAUGGUUACAUGAAGGCAACAUUUUUGAAUUGUGGAAGAUAGCCAAGGAUAAACUUGCACUGCCACUCCUAAUUGAUCUUUGUGAGAAGACUGGGUUGUCUUUACCGCCGUGCUUUACUUUGCUACCUACAGAACUUACCCUUAAGACAGGAAUAAAAAGGUCCACUGGAAGCAAACCUUUGUGGUGUGCUGGGGAAAUAAGAAGGCAGGAAUAUCGGGGAGGUGGAUAUUAGGGAGGGAGCUAUUCCGUAGACACACCACCCUAGAAGAAUGCCUUCCAGGGUAUUAUAAGGCAUUAUUGCGUAAGUAAUAAUACCUCCACUAUUUUUCCACCACCCUAGAAGGCAACCAGGUCGCUUUCCUAGAGUUAUAGGUGGAGAUCAGGAUAUCUAUCCUGGAGGAGUUGUACCAUUUGGAAGUCAACCAAUCAAUCGCUUUUCACAAAGGAGAGGUGUCAUACCAUUCAGUCACUAGUGGCCGUUCAUCGUGUUCAAGCAUUCAGGCAGAGGUAUUCUGAUUUAUGCCGAGAAUCUUAGUUGGCUUCAACCUUGAGUUGUUGUUUACUACAUUUUCGUUUCAAAUUGUGUAUAUUAGCGACAAACAUAAUCAGACUGUUUCAUCAUUCCUGGUAUGAAUAUGUGCAUCAGAUUAUAAGUUUUGGCUCUGUAUUUGGCUAGGGAUAUUGGCCUUAGCUCUUCUUCUGUAAUCUCUUCUUUUUUUUUAAUAAAAUUGUAACCUUUUACCUCAAAAAAAAAAAGUUUGCUUGGUCUGUUGAUGCAA